UAGGUUACAAGAAUAUGGCCCAACUCCUACCGACAUCUCCUGCUCCACUUGCCUACUUAUAGGCCUGGCUGAUGAUUUCUCUUUCUCAAUAAGCCAAGCAAAUUUCUAAAACUAAAGCUCUUUCUUCCAUUUUAUUUCUUGUUUGCUCCACUGCUCCUCCACGUUUAGUUUCUUUCAGUUUGGUGGACAACUCAUAUAAGGUUUCUUCAUAUUCAAAUCCAAAUCCUUCUUGUCUGUACAAGAACUUUUGAUUGCUCUUUUUUAAGUUCUAAAUUGUUUUGUGUUGUUGGGUCCUUUUCGUUUUCCUUUUUGUAGCUUUGUGUGCUUCGUAUUGAGUUUUCCAGCUUCUAUAUAUAUAUAUAUACAUAUAUAUUACUUUCUACCGUCAUUUUCUUUCUUCUUUCUCUUCUUUUUUUCGUUUGUAUUGUGUGCUGCAAAAUUUACUUGCAAGACUUCAUGGCUAUGGCCACCUUAACAUCAGUCGCUAGCCUUACACAAGCAUUGCCCUUGGAAAACAGCAGUAAAAACCUCCUUGAUUUUUCCUUCUCUUCCUUGUUGAGCAACUCGGAUGAAACCUUCGUUCGGAAACUUGCAGAAUCGAAUCGAAACAUUGGUGCUCAGGAUGUAAAGGAGCAUCAUUACUUGGGAAAAAAGAAAGAAGAUGGAGAAAUUGGUAUAUUUGGUGCUGAAAAAUACUUCAAUGGAUGCAUAGAUGAGGACAGUCCAAGAAUUUCCAGUAUAAUCCCAAGAAAGUACAAUCUGCAGCCUAAGAAAGAUGAGCAAUUAAAUGAUCAUAUGGUUCCUGUAAAACCCAAAGGUCAUCCUGCAACUCCAAGUGUUCGUUCUGAAUCCAGUUGGGACAGCCAGAGUGCGUUGCUGCAAUGCGUUCAGAGAAACACUUCAGAAACAAAGAAAGACAAGGUGCAUAGAAAGGUUGGAAAGAAUUUUCUUGCUGGUCUUGGCUGCAAAUGCUCUUGUUUUCACAAGGAUUCUAUUGAUGGCGAUGAUGAACACAUCGGUGAGAUCAGUUUCAAGAAAAGUCCUAAUGCUGCUGUGCUUGAAGGGAAGACAAUUACAGAAGAACUCUCAAAGUCUAGUCUUGAUCUGGAUCAUAAACCACGAUCAGGAUCACGGGUCAAGGAGGAGAAUAUCAAUUGCCAGAAUUUGGAGAAGUGGGGAAUUGGAAUGAACAAGGAAAACUGUUUUAGUUUCCCAACUUCUAAUUCUGAAGCAGGAAGUGUUCCCAAUAAAUUGCAACUUCGACAGGAGGAAGAAGUAAAUCCACGGAAAUCACUAGAGGUCUUUGGCUCCCCAGUACAUGACAAGAGAAGCAAGUCCUUCAGAAUUGGGAGGAGGCUAUCCAUGUUUUCUUGGGAAGCAGCUCCAAGAAUGGAGGAAAUCGAUUAUUCCGCUACAUCAGGUGGAGUUUACAAUGAUAAUGAGAGUGAUGCAAGUUCAGACUUAUUCGAGAUUGAGAGUCACACUGGCAAAUUCACCCCAUUUCUUGCAAGACAAGGGUCAAAUGCCACCUCUGGCUGUCUCACCCCAACAACUUGCUAUGCACCAAGCGAGGCUAGCAUAGAGUGGAGUGUGGUCACUGCCAGUGCUGCUGAUUUCUCUGUAAUGUCCGAUUAUGAAGAGCUAAGGCCACCUACAACACUGCCAAGUCCAAUCAAAACCAUUCCUACAACUGUAAAUGCAAAAUCUGAGACCAGCAAAGACACCCCAGGGCGCCGCUCCAGCAUUUUGUUGGGGUGUAAUAGUCAUAAGGCUGUAAGAGUUGCAGGAGAUGCUUACAAAACAAAUGACAAGGCAAGUUUUGACCCUCGACUGCGCCGUGUCUCAGAUUCCUACACGCCAGUGACAAGGUUUCAAUCUGAGACUAAGCUGAUGGGUUUCGAUCCCAGACAAAGGCAACAAGCUUUCAGCACCCAUUUACACCCUUGGUCACACCCAUCCCAGAGUUUCCAUCCUUACAUUCAAUAAUCUCAAGAUUUCAUGGCUUCAAUAUUAUGUGUUCUGUGCCUUGUGUAAUUAAGGGUUUAAUUAGCCACUGAUACUUUUUGUUACUCCAUGUUUAUGGGAAUUUUGCAGUGCAGAAGGCAUUAAGAGCCUCUAGGCAUUGAAGUUCCCUCAUUUAUUAUCUGUCUUCCCCAUUUCUAUCUCCAGUUUCAUUCUGUGUCUUCAAUUUUAGCCUGUAAUUUUAAGAUAGCGUGUUUCAGAAAUCAAUCUGGUUUUCCCAAGCAUGGAUUUUGGUUUGUAGAGUGAUCCUCAUUUUCUAAUGCUUAAAGUUCAGGCACAUGCUUAUUUACAAGAGCACAAAUGUAUCUUUUGGUUA